GAAAACCGGAAGUGCAUGUGUUUUUGUUGCGGUCACGGGGAGAGCUGUCAUUUGCAUUCAAGGGGGCUGAAUUCCAAGCUAAACCAACAGAGGUUCCAACGACAAAUUUUAUUUUCUCCCACAAGGCCACGAUGAAAUUCCUACGCAGGCUGUUGCUCAGUCUGAAAACGUUCAGACCUCCAUUUUUGCUGCCUGUUUUACUGACUGCCUUGUUCGUCCAGAGCCGAGGCGACAGCAAUGUGUUGGACAACGUCACUGAAAGAAUGGCUGAGGAAAGCCACCGACAGGACAGUGCCAACUUACUCAUAUUCAUCCUACUGUUGACUCUCACCAUUCUAACUAUUUGGCUUUUUAAACACCGGCGAUUUCGGUUCCUGCACGAGACAGGACUCGCCAUGAUCUACGGCCUGUUAGUGGGUGUGAUCCUGCGAUAUGGCGUCCAUGUGCCCCAGAGCAUCAGCAAUGUGACCCUCAGCUGUGCCGUCAACGCCAGCCCCGCCACUUUACUGGUCAACGUCAGCGGACGAUUCUAUGAGUACACCCUGAAGGGGGAGAUCCGACAGGGCAGGGGCCCCCAAAUGCAGGACGACGAGAUGCUCAGAAAGGUGACCUUUGACCCAGAGGUGUUUUUCAACAUUUUGUUGCCUCCUAUAAUCUUCCAUGCAGGUUACAGUCUGAAAAGGAGACACUUUUUUAGAAACAUUGGCUCCAUCCUGGCCUAUGCGUUCAUUGGAACCGUCAUAUCCUGCUUUGUCAUUGGCGUCAUCAUGUACGGAUUUGUGUCCUUUAUGAAAGUUGUGGGUCAGCUUGGGGGGGAUUUCUACUUCACUGACUGCCUCUUCUUUGGUGCCAUCAUCUCAGCAACAGACCCCGUGACAGUGUUGGCUAUCUUCAACGAGCUAAAGGUUGAUGUGGAUUUGUAUGCCCUGUUGUUUGGGGAAAGUGUCCUCAACGAUGCCGUGGCCAUUGUCCUGUCCUCCUCCAUUGUGGCGUAUCAGCCUGCAGGGGACAACAGCCACAGCUUUGAGGCCAUGGCCAUGCUCAAGUCCUUCGGCGUCUUCCUCGGCGUCUUCAGUGGAUCUUUUGCUCUCGGGGUGUCCACCGGAGUCAUGACUGCAUUCGUGACCAAGUUUACCAAGCUGAGAGACUUCCCUUUGUUGGAGACGGCUCUUUUUUUCCUGAUGUCCUGGAGUACGUUUCUGCUGGCUGAGGCCUGCGGUUUCACAGGUGUUGUAGCGGUUCUGUUUUGUGGGAUCACUCAGGCUCAUUACACCUUCAACAAUCUGUCACCAGAAUCCCAAGAAAGAACCAAACAGCUCUUCGAGCUGCUCAACUUCCUGGCAGAGAACUUCAUCUUCUCCUACAUGGGCCUGACUCUCUUCUCCUUCCAGUCACACGUCUUCAAUCCGUUGUUCAUCAUCGGAGCCUUCGUGGCCGUGUUUGUGGGCAGAGCUACAAACAUCUACCCCUUAUCCUUCCUCCUCAACCUGGGCCGCAGAAACAAGAUUGGGUUGAACUUCCAGCACGUCAUGAUGUUUGCAGGGCUCCGCGGGGCCAUGACCUUUGCCCUCUCCAUCCGAGACACAGCCACCUACGCCCGUCAGAUGAUGUUUUCCACCACUCUGCUGAUUGUUUUCUUCACCGUGUGGAUCUGCGGAGGCGGCACCACGCCCAUGCUGUCCUUCAUGAGCAUACCAGUCGGGGUGGACUCUGAUCAAGAACACACUAGCUCAGUGGAUGGAUCCCAGAGGAGAAGCACUAAACAUGAGAGCGCCUGGCCAUUCAGGAUCUGGUACAACUUUGACCACAAUUAUCUGAAACCCCUGCUGACCCACAGCGGCCCCCCGCUCACUGCCACACUGCCAGCCUGCUGUGGACCGCUGGCUCGGUGCCUCACCAGCCCACAGGCCUACGAGAACGAAGGCCAGCUUCAUGACGAUGAUUCUGAGUUCAUCAUGAACGACGCCAGCGUGAGCUCCAUGUACGCCGACGUCACGGUGAGCACCGACGCCUCCGGCUCUCGCACCGUCAACAACAAGCACCCCUUUUCUUCCACUGGAGGCCAGUUCAACGAAGGUCUGGACCAGGAGCUCGCCCUGACAGAUCAGGACGUGACCAUCCGCGGCACACGCCUCGUUCUGCCGGUGGACGACUCGGCAGAGCCGCCGAGCACCGUCACCCUCCCACCGCCACCCUCCCCGCCACACUCCGAGCCCCGCCGACACAGACUGUAGGAAGGUUCGUGUCCGCAGAGAUCCCAAACGAUCAACUUUGACGACAAAAGGGUUUUGAUCAUUUUUAUUUGAUGAUUAUACGUCUGUUCUCUAUGGGACCAUUUUUAUUCGUCACUUUAAGCUUUAGAACUGAUGUCGAGCAUUUAGUGAUCCGUCACAAGCGUCUGCUGAAGCUGUGAGGACACUCAGUUUGGGAUCAUCCACACUGUUAAGCUCACUUCUGAUUCUAACACCGUCUUUUUGCCUCUAACAGAAAUUAUUUAUUUAACGACUGAUUUAGGUUAUUUAUUAUUUAUUUGUUUUGGUGUGAAAAAUGGUACUACCCAUUUUCUCUCGUGGAACUUCUACUGAAUGAACGUCAUGAAGGCGACGGCGGUUUGUUUCCUUCUCAAAGUGUAGCAGAUGCUCCGACUGUAUCCUGUAGACCAGAGCUUCCCUGUGAAUGUUUCGUCUUUACUGUACGUGAGAGGUCAAUCUGGCUUCAAUUUAAUGUAAUUAAUAGGGCUAAAGUUUGUUUUUAUCAUAGUUUGGUUAAACUUUCUUUAAAAAAAAAAGAAAAAAACCAAAUGAACAAAAAGGUAACUCCUGUGUCUUUGUGAUGUUGUGUCAUCAAAGAUAACUGUCUUGAAUCCAAGUGCCUACUGAGGAACUCCAUUACGGAAUCAAACAUGUUUUCCUUUACUUGGUUAUAGUAAGGAGAGUUAGAUUAUUUUUUAGUAUUAUUCUUUUCAUGAAUAUUUCAUGUUUCCAGUGUAAAUUGACAAUCAUUUACCCUCCGGUGGUUUUACAAGCAGUUAAUUGGGUUAAAAAAGGCUAAAUAUUGACAUUUUCUGCACUCAGAAUAACCCAAAUAAGAAAAUAAAUGGAUGAUAAGCAUUUUCUGAAUAAUACUAAUUAUUAUUAUUUAACUUUUGAAGAAAUGAUGCAGUACAUGUAAAUAACUUGAAAAUAAAUUUGUGAAAGGUACUAGAAGAAAGGAGGAUGACGUUUUUGUGCACUUUUACACUUAAUUUUAUCAGCUCUGACUGUUAGAAAAGAAGUUUUAAUGUAAUAUCUCAUUUGUUUAUUACAGCAUUCUUUUUUUCUGUAUUUGUCUGAAGUGUAACACUACGCGUGGUGGUUGGUCAUAUUGCUUUUUUUUUAAAUAAUAUUUGGUUCAAAGUUUUUAUUUCAAGUUGUAAUUUUUCCACAAAUUACUUCAACACAGUAUUUUCUGUCAGUUUUUAGGAAAUCUGCGCAUUGAUGCACAUUUCUGUGUUCUUAAAUGAAGUGUACUUAAAGAACUUAAACAUGAAUAGAUGAUUACACACACAAAACUGGGAUGUGCAAACAUUUUUGAUCAUGUUUGUGUAAUUUUUUUGUUGUGUAAUUUAUUGUAGUUUCAGGUUCAUCAAUCGGAGAGAAAUCAAGUCAUGUGGAUUUUUAAGUGUGAUCCUGAAGUUGUCAGUUUUAACCCUUUGGAAAAUGUGAUAAAAGGAAAUAAAAUACCUUUUCAAAUUUUA